UGUAAGGCUUGAAGCCCGGCAUUUGCUGAGCCAUGGGCGCCAUCAUCACCGUCCCCACACUUUGCGAGGUAGUGCUCUUGCUUGCACAUCACUGGGCCCAAGCUGCAGUGUCAGUGCCAUCCCAUCAACCUACUGAUCUCGUGCUCAAGCUAAGGGAACGCAUUGUUGUAGAUGAGCGUGAGCUUGUGGCGGUGCCUAGAAGAAAGCGCGUUUGCUCUUCUUUGGCCCAAGGGCCUUUUUGCGGGGGUUUGGCAGACGCAGGUGCUGAAGCCGUGAGCCUCCACCGGCUCAUUGGAUUGGUGGAUGGCGUUAUCUCGCAGCAGCUCCGGAGGACUCUUCCUGACGCCUUCCAGUGGGACCCCAAACGUGACCAAACGAUUUCAGCAACACUGUCACAGCUCGUGGUCAAGCUCAUAGGCAGUGACAGUUUCUCAUCCGAUUCAACAUCCCUGCAAAGACUUGGAAGGUUGACGGGAAAAUCUCGUUGCUUCGAGCUGGAAGUGUGGCGACUUUUGCCGAGUCAGCGCUUUUUGCCGGAGUCUUUCGGCAAAGGCCUUCCGCUUGAUGCUGAUCCGAGAUGGUGGGGAAUCUGGCAUGUGGUGCGAUGCCCUUACCCAGCCUCACCAGCAAGGGCUCUCUUCUUCGGUGAGGUUUGGCCUCGGCGUGGACCUUGUUUGCGCCUCUACGGCUUGGGGGUCAAGCGUUCGGCGUCCCUGAGUUUGGCUCGGCCGGUGGUGCUGCGGCGCUUGGUGCUGGGCGUAACAGAUUCAGUGGCACGCUCUUCCAGCAGUUGGGGGAAGGAGUCCUUUGUGUGCGGAGAGCUUAAGGGUGUGGAGAAAUGGUGCCGAAGCCUUGAAGACAUCGCCAAAGAUGCGAGAGCGUCUAAGAUGAAUGGCGCAGGCCGGGGCACCUUCUACACAGAUGUGGGGGACAGCUUGCUGAUGGUGGAUCAUGUGGUUUUCCAUUCCGUGCCUUCGGAGGGGCUGCUCAUAGGAUCCUUGGCAGUCUCUGCGACUCAAGAACCUGAUGGAGAUGCAGAGCAGUUGGUGAUGCUGCUGCGGCGUGCUGAGCCUCAACACUCACAUGUGGCACCUCCAGGACUUUUUGAGGCUGUGUUGGAGACCAUUUCUGCAAAUGCGGUGCCUGAGCAAAAUUUGCAACUCGAGUAAAGAGCCAAGGAUAGCCCUAUAUGCGUUGUGCCGUAAGCAUCAUGGUACAAACCGGGCUGCACUGCCACCAAGGCAGUUUGGAAUGCCAAUCAGAUUUUGGAGUGACUUGGCCUAAGCAAAUUGAGCGCUGCCCAGUCUAACAGCUGGGCAUUUGGAGGCAUGGCCUGCGCCUGAGUGGCUACGCCAGCGGCGCAGAACGGCUGAGCACCAGGGUGAAGCUCCUUGCGAAGGCUGCGACCAAGCAGAUGGAGGAGAUGAUGAGACCAAAAUACCAUGACUACUUAGCGUCGUUGGAUCCGGACACACCACUCUUGGAGCUGGAACGGCGGCUUGGUGAAGGUACCGAAGGGGCGAUCUUUCGCUGCUGCGUCGGGUACGUGAUUUGUGAAUUGCUUUGGCAAUCUGUUGCUACUAGCAAACAUUGUUACUACUGUAUAGCGGUUGUUCACAGUAAGAUUUUGUGGCCAUCGAUACGUCAGUGGGAUAUGCAUGCGUAAGUGAGCAAAUUGGCGAUGCGUAAGUGAGACCCUUGCUGCUUGCUGUACCGAAGGGACCGGACAGGAUCCGUUGUGUUUCUUUAUUACAAGUAACUAGCAGUAGGGUACUGUAGGGUUGUGUUGCCCAAGAAUCUGAUGACCAACAUGAUGCAACAUGGAAUUGAAGGUAACCGCUAUUGAACGGGUUUUGUGAAGGCUUUGGUUUGCUUUUUCAGGAGCACUUUGCUUCGUUUGUUUUUUUUGCAUUUGCUUCCCCUAUGCUUGCCCUAUGCUUCUCCC